AUGUCAGACCGGUCCGAAGUGGAGUCUGCGCAACGCAAGCCUCCGGAACAAAAGCGCUCAAGUAGGACGAGAGAUUCAGACAUGUCUCCAGAAGUCAAAUUCGAAACUGCUUCGGGUGGAAAGUCUGAUGUUUCCGGUCCUUCUGAGCCGAUGGGAAAGAUUGGUAGAGGAGAGAUCAGUAUCCGGAAGGCAGAGAUGGAGAACGACAUCCAAUUCAAUAUCGACGAGGAACUAGAUUGGGUUUAUCCUUCUGAAGGUGAGGAGGAGCUUGAUGAUAUCAACCCGUAUGAUUACAAAAAAGACACUGCGAUUAGCAGACAUCCACUUAUCGGCUUCAUGUUCAUGGGCCUACCUCCAUGGACCGAGUGGCCCGCAUCUCUUCAAGCUUUACUCUGGAGGCAUAUGCACGAUUAUGACAUAUACACUCUCAGACCAUCCGAAGAACAGGUCAACGGUGUCGUCGAAAUGUUUUAUUCUCGUCUCAGAAUGAAAUGUUCAUAUGAACAGAACUCAAUUGUUGUUAAAUGGACGAAAAAGAAAAUGGCAGCGUCAUUUAGGAGUCUGCAAAAGACAGGUUUGCUUGAUCGAGUUAGCACACGUGGAUACAAACGAGCUCCAAAGUUUGAUGUCGAGUUGAAAGAACGACGCAAACAAUGGUUGGCCUCUCGCUCUCGAGAGGAGAGGAAAGCUAAACCAUCGAUCAAGACCGACCGGGACACUGCGAACUUUCUGGAAAGCCAGGAUGCUCCUGCUAGCAAACGCCAAAAGAUUUCCCACGCCCCAGAUAUACCUCACGGUGAAUCACCGACCUCUCCGGCAUCUGCUUCUCAGCCCCCACCUCCGAAGAUCAAAAUUGAAGACAUUGACGAUACGCCACUCAGUAGCCUACCGGUCCAGAAGUACAAGCUCCGUGAGCGAUUUCAACCACUGAUACCUUCUAAAUUGUCAUCCCCUAGAAACUCAGUGGCUGGUUCAAGGACGGUUGGAGCACCACCGACAAUGGGGCCAAUGGGGCCAAGACCCUGGGCCGGAAUAACUUUCUUAUCGAAUGGAAUUUCACCUGCUUCUAAUGCUUCAGUAGCUCCACAGGAGGCGGAGCAUCGAGGAAACAGUGUUGCCUCAACAUCAAAUGCGGCCCAAGUCUCUUCUUCACAACUCGAAGCAGACAACCCGGCUCAGGAGCAACAUGCCCUUCUAAUAGAGAACACGGGGUUAUCAUCGAGCACCACCGAGUUCGAAGGUCCUCAUUCGCAAUAUAAGCCACUUACCCAGCAACACAGCAUUGCUGCGGCUCAAUUGCCGGACAAUUCUGUGGUCGCCACUUCGAAGCAACAUGAUGGCCAAACUAUUCAGAACAAGAAUGCUAUUCCGGGACAGAGUAUCGAUGAUUCCUCGCCAAAUCUUUCGCUCGCUCCCGGAUCCGUGGAUCGUGGCCGUCCGCGGUUGUACCCUGAUGCAGAAGCACGACCACAGGCACUCCCGGAGGGAACGGGAAUGAAAUCAGGGGAAAUUAUUAAUUCGGUCCCAGUCAAUAAUGAUCCCGUCCUCUGCGAGUUUGUCCCGCCUGGCCCCGUAGAUGCGCCAUUGCCGAAAGUUCGUUUCAUUGUCCAGAAGGUCAGCGGAGCACUCGACUAUUCCAACCCACUCCCCUCAAUUAGGGACACCAUGGUCAGCGGGCUCUUCGAAAUGUACUCUCGGCGCUCUGGGUAUACGCCACAAAGUCUUCCCAGCGUCACGUUCGAUGUAUUGUUUGCCGGUCGCUCCAAGCUUGUUCUUCAUAGGUCGGACACUGAAGCCGGCUGGCAAAGUGUAAAGAGAUCGAUCAGUUGCAUGUUUGCAGAUGCCAGGGUAGACAAGCCCGUUGGAUACAUUUUUGAUGUCUGGGUCAAGGCGGGGGACCAUUCUAAUGCUCGGCUUGUGGACAAUGAUGAAUUUGCGGGCCUGUGA